GCGGUCGAGAGUUCAUGUCUUUCUAUUGGUCGUUUUCUUGUUGUUAUGUAUUACUAGUUUUUCGGAGCGUCACGGCUUUUUCUCGCAGGUUUUUGGCUAGGCUCACUCUUCAUGUAUUAUUAGUUCAAAUUUCCAUAGGACUCCCUGUCGUCUGCAGGGAGUCGCGUUUGCACCGGCUAUCUCCACGCUUCCUCUGCCUUCCGCACGGGCCAAUUAGGCUACCCACAUCAUGAUGUUAAUUUAUUACUGACUGGUAUCCUUAUUCUUGGCAGUCACGAUCCUGUUGACAACUGGCGAGCCCUAGAGUUAUGCAGAAUUGCAGAUGCCUCCGUCUUCCACGAAAUGAAGUUUCUCAAGCACGAUCGAACCAUUCUCUUCAAGCUUGAUGGUGCCUAUUG